AGAAAUGGCGAAAUUGAAUCUUUCAACAAAAAAUGAGAAAUCUUUUAUCAAGGAGUCGAAAUGUUGGGCUCCUUACCAGAAGGAAUAUGUAGAAAAUGUGGACACAUGUAAUAGCAAGACGUCCAACAAUGAGGAAGAUGAGAAAACCAUUAUGGAAGAUUUUGCAAAAGAUGUCGAAAAAUGCGAUAUCGAUAUUAGUGUCCAUCAGUUGAUGAACAAAUACAGAUAUGAAGCUGAGGUGGACGAAUGGCAGGUAGCAUUUUCCGGAGAAGAGAAAAGGCCUGAGGUUGGGAUCACUUCUAAAUUGGAUAAAACGAAAUUGCCAGUGUCUAGAAGCAUGAAGUCAUCACUGAAUAACGAAGAAAUAAUUUUAAAGAAAGAAAGACAUUCCAAGUCCUCAAAAUCACCAAACAGCGCUCUGAAAUACACAUCAAAGGAUACAAUACAUGAGAGGAAACAGAAUGAAACUUACAGAAGAACUGGGCAACGAAAUACAACACGGCAUUAUAAAGCUAAAGAGGAUUCUGUAACGCACAGAUGCAGAGCACCGAAAGGGAGCUUUAGUCGUCAAUUAUUCAAGAAAGAAAUUGCAAAAUCUUUUAAACAUAGAUUGAAGACUCGACAAAAGCUUUUAUUUGAAAACAAGACAUGUCACUUGAAAAAGACAACAGUUUACAAGACACCAUUUCAAAGAAAGAAAAACAAUUGGUUGUACAAAAUAUUUCUCUUCCUGAUACUGCUACAAAUGACGACAGCCCAACAAGACUCUGCAUCCUCUGGUCCGAAGCAGAUGGACAAAAGUGACCAGUCCUUGCAAAUAACUCUAACAGCGCCAGGGACACUAGUGGUCACUUGUGGUGCCAAUGUUAUACAAAUACAUCAGUACCCAUCGCCUGUCAAUAACUCUGAAAAACCGGAAGUGACGUUGAAGGCUCAGGACAAGGGACAGUCUCAAAAGUGGACGGAUAUGGUCAUGGACGGAUUAAUGCUGUUUGGGCUUUUUGUCAUGUAUGGCAUGACCUUUUACGGAAGGAAGCUAUGUAGGGUUACUGUAAAGCAUAAAGAGAAACUGGUAUUCACCGUUGUCGUGAAAAAGGAUACAACGAUCGACUGCAUAUUCAGAUUAGUGCAGAAAUGUCGGAUGACCUCUCGCCAAGGAUCAGUAGAAGGUUAUUUUAGAAAUAGAAAUUGUCCAUUUCUUAACCCCAAGAAGUUGAUGAAUGAUGUCCUUGACCCCGUUGAUGCCAUUGAUAUUUGUCUGAUCUUCGUAGAAGCUACUUGAAAAGUAUCUUGUUUGAAAGAGUUCUUGGUUUGAGGACAGUAUAUUGGUUUAUGGGAUUCAAUAUCAUUGUUGAAUUAGUUUUCUUUUGAUACACACAUAUUCGUACAUUGUACAGUUUAUAAAUAAUGAAAAUUUACAUUUCGUAGAGGACAUGAAUUCUUUGUCCUCUUCGUAUCAUUUUAUACCACCAUGAUGUCAAAGUAUUUAAUGAUAUAUAUGGAACAUUAUUUAUCAUUGCAGUUUUAGGUUGAGGUUUAGGUGAAGUUUUAUUAUACAAAAUAACCAUUUUAAUUUGUUUCACUAAUUUAUGGCACUUAAUUUUCGAUGGAACUUUUCGUAGUGAUAUUACUGAUACUUUCGAACUUCAUAUGUUAUGGCCUAUAAAUUCUUGGAUUGCCUAGAACAUCUACGAAAGAUGGUCGCUCAUUUUUGUCGUUAAAAUGUGUUACUAUGUUAAAUUUGUAUGUAAUUUGAAUCUUUAUGUUCAAUUAGACUAGAAUAAAGUAUUAAAUCGUUUCAGAAGAAGGACUUUAAGAAAUCAAUUUUGUACAUGACAACAAUAAUGCAAUUAAUUACAAUUUUCCAACAUCAAAGUUGCAGCUCAUAUUGCUUUAAAUGAUCACCAUGUCACUGUUUCGAAACUUAUAUGACAUGAUUUUGAAAAUAUAUAAAUUAGACCAUAACAUUUGUUUCGGACUUCUUUUGUAAUCAUAAAUAACUUCCUUUCUAAAUCUUUUAAAUUAUAUUCAGUUUGGUAGAAGAAGUCAAAAUUUCUUUCAAUAUGUAUACAGUGUACGGCCCAAAACAUUGAUCUUAAAUGUAAAUUGAAA